AUGGAAUACCAGUCUAUCCACGGUCAGGACAUAGCCAGCUUUGACCUGCCUUCCACACAUCGACUUCCGACAGUGUCGGCCGCAGAUGCGCUGGAGGAGCUGGGCACUGACCCCAAACGCUUCCUCUCGACGGGUCUUGACGAGCUCGACCGGGUUCUUGCACCCGAGGUCGAUGAUGGCUCCCAGACUACGGCGAGACCUGGAGGCUUCCAAAGAGGCCAAGUUGUAGAGAUUUGGGGGCCUCCUGGCCUGGGCAAGACUACUUUUGGCUUGCAGCUCGCGUCCGAUGCUCUCCGAAAAGGAGGCAAGGUCGUUUGGGUAGAUGGCUACCGGCCUGUGAGUGGCAGGCGUUUGCAUCAAAUUCUUGAUGCUCCCAAUGCCGAGGGAUCCUCAGCGGCAGAAUCAGGUUCAUCACAACCGCCACAUAUCCCUGACUUGGUGCACUUUACAUGUCCAACCAUCGCCCAUUUUGUUGCUCUGCUAUGCAAGCCUACAUCGUCCUGUGUGCCGGAUGGGACGUCACUGAUUAUAAUUGACUCGUUCUCGGCCCUUGUGAACCAGGCUUUCCCCAAGACCCAAGAGCCACGCAAUGCUCCUAAAGGAGUGCCAAGUACAUCAACACGUCGGCUGCAGAUCCUGCAGUUGAUCAUAUCGAGUAUGCAGAAACUCGCAGCUACUCGGGAUAUCACGAUUGUAAUACUCAGUCACUGUGCAACCCGCAUUCAGGCUGAACGAGGCGCCGCGCUCAUCCCCGCCAUCAACGCCACUGUCUGGGAGCAGGGAAUUGCCACGCGCCUGGUCCUAUUCCGCGACUGGUCACUUCAUAAGGGGCACAUUUCUGGUGUUCGUCUUGUGGGCAUACAGAAACUCAAUGGCAAGGCCUCGGCCGAGAGCAUUGGGCCCGUCCUCGCGUAUGACGUGCACGAGGUAGAUGGCGACCCUUAUCUUCUGCAAGGAAUUGAUUUGCUGACCGACCAGCAGAAAGGUUUGGUCCCAGUCGAGCACGAUGCAACUCAAGCGUCAGCCAUCCUGUCCUCGACUGCGCAGCCCAAGAGGAAACUCGGCUCGACAGAUUUCGAGAUUGCCGACAGCGAGGAAGAAUACGGCUGGGAUGAUGAGGACUCGAGCGAGCUCCCACCCAAUCCGUCGCAGUGGCAGGGCAGCGAGGACAUACUCAUCGGAAACCACGACGAAGAUGGAAACCGCAGAGACGAGGAUUCAGACGGCGGCGGAUCUAUACAUGACGGGGAAUCCGAGGGCUGA